AUGACAGUCCAUCGUUCCUUCCAGACCGUCUUCGCUGUCCCACUGUCUUGUGACGGCUGUAUCACGGCUGUUUCGGACGAGAUUCGCAAAAUUGGAGGUAUCACGAAAAUUGAAGGAAAUCUAGAAGAUCAAGUAAUUUCUGUGGAAGGCUCUGCCGCCCCAUCGGCAAUUGUUGAAGCCAUUCAAGCCACGGGAAAGGAUGCAAUUCUCCGCGGAUCUGGCGCAUCCGACAGUGCCGCGGUGAGCAUUCUUGAAACAUUUUCAGACAGCUCGGAGACCUACACAGACAGUCAACAACGGGAGGUUAGGGGCCUGGCAAGACUCGUACAGGUUCAUCCAGAUAGGACGCUCGUAGACCUGACGGUCAGGGGAGUCGCCCCAGGGCGAUAUUACGCGACUAUACGCGAGUUGGGGGAUCUCAAGGAUGGAGUCGAAUCCACUGGCAAAGUCUGGUCGGAAGGUGGAGCAAACGCCAAGGGCAACCUGGGCGCUGUGGAAGUCAAUGAACAUGGACGGGGUGGUAUUUUCGUCGACCUUGCGUUUCAGAUCUGGGAAGUCAUUGGUCGUGCUAUGGUCUUGACCAAACAAGAUGAGACUACCGGGCCUCUCAAAAACGACGAUCAUACCGUACUUGGAGUUAUUGCCCGAAGUGCCGGUGUAUGGGGCAACGACAAGACAGUUUGCUCAUGCACGGGAAAAACUCUAUGGGACGAAAGAAAAGACCAACUCCGAAAAGCUAGCGCCCACUAUGCGGCCGUAGUUGAGCAGAACACUCCGAACAUGGACGUCUCAUCUUUUGCCAUUGCGGAAGAUGUCGAUUGUCAGUAG